AUGGGUCUUCUUACUACCAAUGGGAUGCUUAUCAUCGAUGAGAUCGAGACGGCGUCAUCGCACUAUUACGACGUACUAGGUGGAGGUGGGACGUAUGCCAUGUUAGGCGCAUCAAUAUGCUGUACUGACCUAUCUCUGCGCAAGGAACUGCUAUGGAUUGUUGAUCGUGGAAUGGAUUUCCCUAAGCAACUGACGGAGACUAUCGAAUCUUGGGACACGGGUUGUGUGUUUCGAGAUGACAAUGAAAGAUUAACUACAAGAGGUUAUAACGUAUAUGGUCCGAAUGAUUUUAGAUCAUUCAAAUAUCUAGCGCCAAAGAAAAGAAUAGAUGUUUCUGACUGGUGCGAGUCGUUCGGUGUCAAAGCAGUACAAAGAGUUUCAUGCUAUCAUUUGCUAUGUUCUGCUGAUAGAGUGGCCGAUAUUCUGGAUAAGCUUGCCGAAGAGUUGUCAUUUGAGGGAACUCUGAAAACAGGUCAAACGUUUAUAUGGGAACCAAUACCAGAUUUGUGUAACGUUGAGCACCUCGAAGGGAUUAAGAAGUUGCUCAACGGACCAUACCAUUUCAUCUUUUCGCCAAAUGCGGAAGAAGGCGCUAGGAUGCUGGGUGAAACAGAGCCAACUGAACUUUCGGAUUGCAGCACAAUAUUAUUGAAAUUAGCAGCAUUGAUUAAACCUGGUAACAUUUGUGUCCUCAGAUGUGGUAAAAAAGGGUCAUUGGCCUUAAUUUGCAAUAAAAAUCCAUCAAACGAUGACAUUAUCCAUUUCCCAGCAUACCAUUACAAGACUCCAGAAUGUGUCAUUGAUCCAACAGGAGGCGGAAAUACUUUCCUUGGAGCAUUUGCAUUCGCAUACGCCAUGUGUAAAGACAUUUCAAUUGCCAGUAUAUGUGGCAAUAUUGCUGCAGGUUGUGCCAUCGAACAGAUCGGUGUACCAUCUCACAAUGGAAUGCACUGGAAUAAAACGACUUUUGCAGAUAGAUUAUUAUAUUAUUUAUCCACUUAUGAACUGAAGCAGGGCCACAGUGAAAUAUUGAACUCUCUUCAACCAAUGAAAUAUUAA